CAUUUCUCCUUGCUGGAACUACCUUUCGGUUUAUACUUGUGGGUGAACUAAAACAGACGAGGGAGAGCAUGGUGUUUACUCAGCCCUUGUCUGACUGGCCUGGGGGUACAUAUUCUCAGCUGUUGGAUCAGCCACUUUUGUCCGUUUGCCCCCUUGUGGUUUUGGACUAUGUGAGCAUCUGCUUCGGUGACUGUGGCACUGAGUCAACUGCUCGCCUGGCUGGAUCUCUGAGGCCUUCUCUGUCCUCUCAGGGCUUUGGUGAGGAUGCCCUGCAAUGUUGCGACUCAGCCAUCACCACUUGUCUGUCCCCCUGGCCUCUGCUGCCCUUGGCUCUGGGCGAUAUCAGUGGAUCUUUGGUGAAGAGGCUCCAUUCCUGGUGAGGGACAGCCUUGGCCGCACUCGGUGAUGUGCCAUGCGUGGCAUUCCCGCUGCCAAGCACUGUCGUGUGUAAUGCCUCAGGACCCAGUGACGUUCCAGGACGUAGCCGUGGAGUUCACCCAGGAGGAGGGGAGCAUCUGGGCCCCACGCAGAAGGCGUUGUACUGGGAAGUGAUGCUGGAGAACUACAGGAGCCUGGCGUCCCUGGCAAGGCGCCAGGAUUCAAAGCCUGAUGUGAUCUCCCAAUUGGAGCAAGGUGGAUUGCCCUGGAUGGUAUGGAGGGCCAUCCCUAGGGACCCCUCUCCAGACCAAGAGAUCAGAUCUGGAACUGAAGAAUCAAAUCUGAAGCAAGUAAUUUCUAAAGAAUUUUCCCAGGAUGUGAUAAUCAACAAAGGUAAAGAUAAUGGAAUCUGUUACUCCACCAGAGAAGGCCCAGAAUCUCUGGGCUGUUUAAAGAGCCCUCUAGGGCAAAUGGCAUUUACCCAUAAGAAGAGCCUGACUCAGGAGAACAUUCAUGAAGAUAAUGGAUUUGAGGGAGAGUUUAGACAGCAAUCAAACUUUGUUACUCAAAACAAAAUAACUUCAGGGAAAAUAAUGGAUAAAGAUGACAGUGAUGACAGUAGCUUUUCACAUAACCUAGAUCUAAGUAAUCAUCAGAGGAUCUACAUGAGUGAAAAACCAUACAAAUGUGAUAAAUGUGGGAAAUGCUUUAGCUGUGGUUCGGAUCUCACUCAACACCAGAGUACUCAUACUGGAGUUAAUUCAUACGUUAUUAGGUAUCAGAAGUUUGGUGCUAGGGAAAAACCCUUCAAAUGUAGAAUUGUGGGAAAUCUUUCAGCAGGGGAACACACCUUGUACAACAUGAAAGGUGUCAUGCAGGAGAGAGACCAUAUGAGUGUAAUAUAUGUGGGAAGUCAUUCACACACUGGGACUCGUCUCUUGUUCUACGGCAGAGAACUCAUACUGGAGAAAAACGCUGUGAGUAUCGUGAGUGUGAGAAAGCCUUCAGCCAAAGUACGUGCCUCACACAACAUCAGAGGAUCCACACAGGAGAGAGACCUUAUGAAUGUAGUCAGUGUGGGAGGGCCUUUAGCCAAAGGUCACAUGUAACUCUGCACCAGAAAACUCAUACUGGGGAGAAACCCUAUGAAUGUAAUCAGUGUGGCAAGGCCUUUAUUCAGAGCAUUCAACUUACUCUACAUCUAAGAACUCAUUUGGGAGAGAAACCUUAUGAAUGUACCGAAUGUGGUAAAACCUAUAGUCAUAGCUCACCCCUAAUGCAACACAAGAGGAUUCAUACUGGAGAAAAACCAUUUGAAUGCAAAGAAUGUGGGAAAGCCUUUACCCAGAGCAUCCAGCCUACUUUACAUCUGAGAACACAUACUGGAGAGAAAUCCUACAAAUAUAUUCAGUGUGGCAAAGCCUAUAGUUAUAGGUCAUCCCUAAUUCAACAUAAGAGGAUCCAUACUGGAGAAAAACCCUUUGAAUGUAAUGAGUGUGGGAAAGCUUUUCGAUGGAAUACACACCUUACUCAACACCAGAGAAUUCAUACUGGAGAGAAACCUUAUAAAUGCAAAAAAUGUCACAAGUCUUUCAGCAGAAGUACACACCUUAAUCAACAUCAGAGAACUCAUUCUGAAGAGAAACCCUACAAGUGUAAUGAGUGUGGGAAAACCUUUGGUCAGAGUGCAUAUCUGACUCAACACUAGAGGAUGCAUACUGGAGAAAAACCUUAUCAAUGUAAGGAAUCUGGAAAGGCCUUCACUGUAAAUGCAUACCUUGCUCAACAUCAAGGGAUUCAUAAGAGAAAGAAACCUUUAUAAUGUGCCAAUUACAAAGAAAUUCAGACUGGAGAGAAAUUCAAUAAAUGUAUUUAAGGUGGGAAAUAUUUCAGCAUAAACACAGGCAUUCCUCAACAUCAAUAAAUUAAUAAAAGAGAAAAACCCUAUAAUGUAAUUGUGGAAAAUAUUUUACAUGUCAUGUAUUCAGUAAUAGUUAAUAUACUCAUCAUAAAGAAAACUAAGAAAGUGAAAGGUAUGUGAAAUGUUUUACUGUAAUAUUAUCUCAUUAAAAAUUUUAAAACACUGGGGGGAAUCUUAUAAAUAACAUUUUUAAAACCAUGGAGUCAUACAUGAAAGUUAAAUCUUCUUAUACAUCAUGUUGAGUUUCUGGAAAACAUGUAGAAAUAAUGUCUGUUGAAUCUAUAAAUGAUUCUAGAUCAUUUAUAUGAUCUAUAUAUAUCAAGUUAUGUAUGAGAAGGUGAGGCUCACACUUCAAAUCUGAUGCCCUACUUUAUAUAGACGUAGCUUUAAAUACUGUAGAUCAGGGGUCAGUAAACUAUGGCCCAUGCACCAAAUCCAGCCUAUACCUGUUUUUGUAAAUAAAGUUUUAUUGGAACAUGGUCACAUCCCUUUGUUUAUAUAUUGUCUAUGACUGCUUUCACUCUACAAAGGCAGAGUUGAAUAGUUGUGACAGAAACUGUACAGCCUUGUGUUAGAUUACUAGGCUGCUAUAACAAAAUACUGCAGACUAGGUGGCUUCAACAACAGAAAUAUACUUUCUCACAGUUCUAGAAGCUGCAAUUCCAAGAUCAGUGUGCUGGUAGGUUUGGUUUCUCCUGAGGCCUCUCUCCUUGGUGUGUAGAUGGCCACCUUCUUGCUGUGCCCUCACAUGGCAUUUCCUCUGUGUGUGCCUUCUGGUAUCUCUUCCUCUUCUUAUAUGGACACCAGUUCUGUUGGAUUUGGGCCCCAUCCUUAUGGCCUCAAGUAUUAUCUUAAUUAUCUCUUUAAAGGCCCUAUCUUCAAACACAGUCACAUUGGGGUUUAGGGCUUUGUUUUAACCUGUUCAGGCUGCCAUAACAGGUAUACCAUUCACUGGGUGGCUUAUAAACAGCAGAAAUUUAUUUCUCCCAGUUCUGGAGGCUGGAAAGUUCAAGAACAAGGUGCUGGCAGAUUCAGUGUCUGGUGAGAGCCCUCUUCCAGGUUCAUAGACAUUGUCUUCCCACUGUGUCCUCGUGUGGUGGAAGGGACAAGGACUCUCUGGGGCAUCUUUUAUGAAGGCAGUAACCCUAUUCGUGAGGGCUCUGUCUUCAUGACCUAACCGCCUCCCAAAGGCCCCACUUCCUGGUACCAUCACGUCGGAGGACAGGAUUUCAACAUACGGACUUUGGGUGGGACACAAACAUUCAGCCCGUAGCAGGCUUCAACAUAUGGAUUUGGAGGAACACGAUUCAGUCCGUAAUAAGCCUGCAAAGCCUAAAAUACCUUCUGUAAAGGUACAGAAUAAGUUUCUUGAACGCUGUGGGUUUAGAUAAUCAACUAUAAGUAAUAUAUCAACAUUUUACAUUGUAUAAAAAUUCUAAAGCAUUUAAAAUUGGUAACUUAGGGCAACAUAGUAGUCAUAAGUUGUACCAUACAGAGAAAUAACGUUUUGUGCAUUCUUGAGUUAUUUUCUAAAAAUUAGAGAAGGGAUCUUUUUUCUGGAAAAUGAUGACAGGUAUUUCUUUGAAGGUAAUUCUCUGGCUUCUCUAAUGAAUCAUUUUUUUAGUAAACUCAGUGUUCUGAUCACCUCCUAUUUACCACAUCGAUGAGGGAGGGAUCCUCUGUCCUAAAUAAUAUAAGAUAGCCAAAGGCAGUUGCUAUUUAUUAGGCUCCUACUAUGUGCUGGGCUCUGGACGAGGCUGGGAGAUACAGAGGUGAUGAGAGAGACCAUUCUGUGGUGGUUUCUUGUGUGUCCUCUCCCCUGGGAACCUUGAGAGCAGUGCCCCCAGGUCCCAGCACCUCGCACCGAGCUUGGCAUGCAGCAGGGCCCCAGUUAAUGCUGAAGAAACGAAUGAGCUGCUGCAGGUUGUACAACAAGCACUUGCGAUGACUGCAGCUAAAAUACCCGACUCCUGAAAAUUAACCCAAAAACAGGUUUGACCAUCCUUUCCAAGAAAUGAUGCUGGGUCAACUUUUUGUAUGGAAAUCUUUAACCCAACUGCAAAAUCAUAUCCAAAAAUCAAUCCCAGAUUUAUUGUGGAUCCAAUUGUGUGAGGUAGAAUAAUAAACGUUGAGAAGAAAACAAAGGAGAGGGUUUCCUGACUUUGGGGUGGGCAGAGGUGACGCGACCAGGGGACAAUGUGCUGACCCUGGAGGAAAAGAUUGACUCCUUUGAAGUGAAGAACAUCUGUUCAUCAGUAGACACCAGAAAGAGCAUAAAAGAUAAGCCACAAAGUGGAGGAGGCUUUGUGCAGUCCACAUGUCCAACAGAGGACUCGUAUCUACAAAGAAAACAGGAGAAAAUGGACAACAGACCUGAACGGACACUUCCCAGAAGGGGAUUCCGUUGCUAAAACUCAAAUGGGAAUGUGUUCACCCUCAUGAGUCUUCAGUGAAAUGCAAUUUGAGAACCCAGUGUGUUCCUGCCACGUGUUCACAGAAUGUCUGCAGUGGGAGUUGUCCACAGCGGGUGCCGUGAGGACGUGGAGGAUCCAGAACUCUCUUUAGUGCUGCUUUCCUCUGGGCCCUUUGUACUUUGCAGGGUUUUUUGUUGUUUGUUUUGUCCUCCCUGUUCCCUUCACGUUUCCCUUGAUACUGCUUCUUCAGUCAGAUCUGAGACUUGAAGCUCUUUCCGUUGAAAUCCCGUUUUGAUCCAGGAGCCCUGUUAAUGCAGUGGGAAGGAGGAGGGGAAGGGGGAGUGCUCUGUAGUCCUCUGAUUAAUC